AUGUUCGCGUUCGCUGCGGUCGCAAUUGCUGCUAGUGCCGGCAUCGUCGGAGAACGGAGAGCCACUCUACACGUCACAGAUCAGCCGAGUGCGACAUCCGCUUCAGAGUGCGAUGGGCAGGGGUGCGAAAAACGAGAGCAUCGUUCAAACUCGGACGUUCGCUUGGCCGCCGUUGGCUUUUGUUUCCAAGGAGGAGGGCGGCAGCGGAUGGUGCCACACGGGCGUCUAAGCUUCACCGAGUGGAUCUCGCCAGCGCCGGUGGUCCGGAAACCGGCGGAAGUGAUCCCGGACAAGACCCACUUGACCAAUGUACCCCAAGGCCGCAAGGCCAAAACGCUGCGCACCCUUGUCGGUGCACUGAUCGCCGGUCGUUCAGGUGGUGGGUGCAUGUCAUCGAGCAGAUCCUGUGGUGCGCACAUGGCCUCCUCUCUCGAGACACCAGAGGCAAGGGAGAAGGCGCGCCGGACCAUCGUGCAUCUCCCCAAGACAAUACGGGGCAUCACAGCAACACCAGGGCGGAGCCGCCGAUGCUUUUCGUCGCGCAACCUCGCGGCUCCCCGGUUGAAGAAGAUCGCCAAGAAGAUGGUAAUGCACACAAGGGAACCAUCAUCCGCACUGGCCAGGGUUGCCGGCAACACUACGGCGGCAGAGAUGAAGACCAUCCCAGAAGUUCGGGCGCGAGCUUUGGGGUGCAUGUCCGAGGUCGCACGAAUGAAGCGCCUCGCCAAGGAACCGGGGGACACUGAUGCUCCAGAGAGGGCAUUCAAGACCCGGUCGUUCAAUGUCGCGAUUCUCGUCAACCGAGGAAUGAGUCGGAACAGGACGCGCGAGAGUGGUGGAUAA